CGCCACAAACAGUCAGGGCGCGUCUAGAAACAAAAGAGAGUCGCAGAGCGCUGUGCUGUGUGCCUGGUGCGUAAACAGCUGCAUCGGAUUCACCGCGCCGAGAACGCUCGCUGCUUGUGACAUUCGCAUUCCACCCUCUCGGCAGCCGCAAGAUGGCCGUCAACGUGUACUCGACCAAUGUGACAACGGAGAACCUGAGUCGGCAUGAGAUGCUCAAUUGGGUCAACGACUGUCUGCAGCUUGGCUACUGCAAGAUCGAGGAGUUGUGCACAGGGGCUGCGUAUUGUCAGUUCAUGCACAUGCUCUUUCCGGGCAGUGUGCUGCUCAAGAAAAUUAAGUUCCGCACCAAUCUCGAGCAUGAAUACAUCCAGAACUUCAAGGUUCUGCAGGGUUCCUUCAAGAAGAUGAACGUUGAUAAAAUCAUCCCAAUUGACCGACUGGUCAAGGGACGUUUCCAAGACAACUUUGAGUUCCUGCAGUGGUUCAAGAAGUUCUUCGAUGCCAACUACGCAGGUCAGCACUAUGAUCCGAUUGCGGCCAGAGAUGAAGCUGGAGCUGCUCCAAGCACUUCGGCCAACCCUGACGCCAAACCUAAGCUGACUGCAGUUGCCCCCAGCGCUCCGGCGGCCAGGAAGGUCAGUGGUGAUGCGCCCUCCAGGAUUCAGCCACUCAGAAGGUCAAACCCUGCUGUGGGCGGAGGCGCUGCCGAUAGCAGACUCUCAGAACUCACCAGUCAGCUGGCAGAGAUGAAGUUAACUACUGAGGCCCUUGAGAAGGAGCGCGACUUCUACUUUGGAAAGCUGCGGGACAUCGAGGUUUUGUGUCAGGAGGCGACGCCAGGCGACUCAUCCAUUAUUGACAAAAUCACCCAGAUCCUUUAUGCCACUGAGGAUGGCUUUGCACCCCCUGAAGAUGCGGAGGAGGAGUAUUAAAUGAAAUUGCACCAGUUGCGACCGUUAUGAACUGGAAGAAGCAUAAUCUCUCUUAAUUUAAUAUUCUCACGAGUGUAACCAGGCGAAGUAAAGCGAUUUUGUUGAUUUCGCUGCCCCAAGGCUGAUUUGCGCGCUCUGCAUUUCUUUACCGCGACCCUCUGUGAUGGACAUGCAAUUUGAUUCGGCCACUUAUGUCCCCUUAGAUCAGUUCGUAGGUUAUGCGCUCACUCGUUCUCUUAUUAUAUAUCAAUCCUCUUCUCCUCUGCUACUCAAAACUACACCUGAGAAAGCUGCUGCUUUUGAAUGAAAGGAAACACGUGCCUCUGGAAUGCGAGCGAGUCUUCGUCCAGCGCUAAUUUUCAUUUUUCACCAGUAUCUCCGCACUUGAAAACUUUAAUAUUCCGUUCCCCGUACUUUGGAUUAAUUGAUUAAUUUAAUACUUGAAAAGAUAUUCUAUGUAAUGUGCAUUGUUGCUAAACAUUGAAAUAUAUUCAAUUAUUCUUUUCAA